AUGACGGCCACAGUAAUGAACUCAGCUUUCACAAUGGAUGCGACCGACUCACAUCUCUGUGAACUAUUACGUGCUCUGGAAAUCGCGAAGCCAGAAAACGCAAGUCCCGACGUGUACAUCGUCGACAACGACUAUAUGAUGGUCGAACACGACGGCCCAUCGACACCAAGCUCGCCUUCCUUCCAAGGUUGCGAGUUUCUGCAAUCCAUCCACUCACAACUCGACAACUUCCCCACCACCGGCGGCGCGUACAUCGAGUCCAUAUUCACCCAUCGCCAAAUCUUCUUCGCCUACCCCGGGGGUCACCUCUGUUGUGCUAAAGCAUUCAGCGAUCUCGCUUGCUCACUGCAGCGCCGUGAGUGGAGGGCAGAUCGGGAUUCAGACAUGGAGGCCGUGACGGCCUUCAAUUAUGAAGCCCAGUUCAUUGCGUCAGUGGUUUCGUAG